AGUCCCAGGUGGCACCCCCCUGCAUCCUCACGAGACCACGGACAGGAACCACCGGAACGCGCGAGCCGGCGCUGAAAGAAAAUGACGGCGCUGGUGACCGCCACCUCCACCCUCCAUCUGCGCCUCUCCGCCGCCCUCCCUUCCUUCCCCAGCCCCAGGCCGCUGCCUCGACCUCCCGUUGCUAGCCUUCGCCUCCACUCCCGACGCCGCGCGCUACUCCGCUGCGCCGCGGUGUCCGAGCUCGCCCCGGCUGCCUCGGCCGCCUACGGCGUCCUCCUCCUGGGCGGCGGCGCCUUCGCAUAUGCGAGGUCGGGGAGUAAAGGCUCCAUCUAUGGAGGGAUGGCUGGAUCUGCGCUUAUGGGCAUUGCCUAUUAUCUGAUGCAAUCACCUGAGACGAAGGCAGCAGGCGAUGCUGUUGGAUUUGGAUCUGCCUUUUUAUUUGCCUGUGUAUUUGGUAUCAGGUUGUACAAUACCCGGAAACUGGUGCCAUCUGGUCUUCUUCUAGCCCUUUCUCUUGGUGCCUUGGGUGUCUUCUACUCUGCUUACUUGCAAGACAAGGUGUAAACCAGUUUGGUUUGGUAGGUUUAGAAUUUUGUACCAUCUGAAGCUUCCUUGAAGGUUUGGUUGCAUGAUAAGUAUGGCCAAGUUUUCAGUCGGCAAUGUGCUGAUUUCUUUCAGUGUUUGUCGUGGUCUGAAUGUUUGAGGAUCUUACGAAUUUUCAGCCUGUCGUUCCCAAGGACGUCGGUGCAAAGUACAGAAACGUUUGAUUGAGUUGUUAUUUGCACUCACCGCCGAACA